AGAUUGCGGCUCUGUGAGUUUUAGUUGCAGGUUUUUAAUAACUUAAUAUAAAGAUGUCCUCCGAUAUGUCUGCAAUCGAACUCCUUAAACUAGGAGAUAGAGGAAGAACUAAACCUUUUCUCAAUUUAUAUUGGCCUCAUUUAAUGGGAAUUUGUUUUGGUAUAGGCUCCGGAUGUGCCAUCAACUUUGGCACAAGACGUCCUUUGAUGAGCGGUAUUCAAAAACACGUUCUUGGAGUGGCUGGAUGGAUGGCCUUAUUAACGUACGUUCAGAAGAAACGUGAUGAAUAUUUAGCAGAAAAAAAUGCAGUUUUAAUACAUUAUGUUGAGCUACAUCCUGACGAUUUCCCAGUUCCAGAAAGAAAGAAGAUAGGCGAUAUUUUGGAACCAUGGAUCCCAAUUCGUUAAUAUAAUUUUAAAUUAAUUUAUCACAAUAUGUCGUUAUAGUAGGAAUGAACUGGUGAAAAUAAGAAACUUUUUAGUUUUGUUCUAAUAAAUUUAUUGAAUAUG